CGAUACAAUUUGAGUUUCAGCUUCAUAUCAACAAACAACAAUCAACAAUCUAUUACAAAGUUUUUUUUUCCAAACUUGUUAAUAACAAAUCAAAAGUUUUUCUUUUUCAUAAAAUUUUUCCAGUGAUCAAAUUGAAUUCACCAAAAAUGAACAAACAAUUGUUAUUCGUUAUUUUUGCUUCAUCUCUUGUUCUCUGUCUUUCAAUGGUUCGAGCUGAAGAAGAAGAUUUUUCAGCUGAUUUAGAAGGAGCCGAAUCUGCAGCUGGUGGUGCUGGAGGUGCAGGUCUCGCAGCUUUUAAGAAAGGUGCUGCUGGCGGUGGAGCUGCUGGAUAUCAAGCUGGUGGAGCUGGAAAAGCUGGUUAUGCUGCUGGAGCUAAAGGUGCUAAAGGUGGUGCUGCUUAUGGUGCCGCUGGAGCUGCUGGUGGUUCCAAGGGAGCUGCUGCCAAGGGUGGAUUCGCUUCUGGUGCUUUUGGCAAAAAGUAUGGAAAGAAAGGAGGAUUCGCUAAAGCCGGAGGAGCAGGUUACAACAAGAAAGUCGGUCUUGUCAAGAAAUUCGGAAUGAGCCAAGGUUUCAAAUUCGGUAAAGCCGCUGGUUAUGGUGCUGCUGGAGGUGCUGUCGGAGGUAAAGCCGCCAAGGGAGGUUAUGCUGGAGCUGCAGGAGCUGCUGGAUACAAGGGAGGAAAAGUUGGUGGUAAGAAAGGUUUCGCCGCUGGAACUUCUGGUGCCGCUGGAGGAAAAGCUGGAGCAGGAGGAGCCGCUGGAUUCAAGAAAGCCGCUGGUGCUGCAGGAGCUGCUGGAGUUACCGCUGCAGGUGGCAAAGGUGGUUAUGGAUUCGGUCGAUAAUCUAAAUCCAAUUUCGAUUAUCCAAUUUGUUACAUUUCUUUUCACAAUCAGCCAAAAUCAUCUCGAGUCAAAACCAUGGAGACAAAAACUUUGAAUACCUUGAUAACCCAAAGAUAAUUAUCUCUAAAUUGUUUCAUUCGGAUGACUUCAAAAUCCCAGGAAAAGUUUCCAUUAGAUCCAUUGAAUAAUAACCCAACUCAAAUUCACUGUCACCUUCCAUAAUUUGGACAGUGCAUAUGAAUAAUUUCAGGAUAUGUAUAUUUAAAAUGUAAAUGAGUUUAAUUAUCAAUUUCCUGUUGCAACUGUAAAUCCUUAAUCACCAACACCAAAUCUUUGCCAAUCCCGAACAAUUACAAUUCCAUUUCCAUUCUUUAACCUUCCCUUGUAACUGUAAUCUCAACAUUUAUAUUGAAUAUAAAUGUAACUAGAUAACAAAUACAUUUCCAAUAAACAUUUUUGUAAAUCUGUAA